GCUUCUCUGCUCUCAACAUUCUCGAAAGCCCACACUCCCAACACCUCAAUUCUUUCCAUCUGUCAUCCAGACCAACAGCAGUCAAAAUGUCUAUUCCAGCCUUUUCUGACAUUGCCAAGUCGGCCAACGACUUGCUUAACAAGGAUUUCUACCACCUCUCAGCCAGCACGAUCGAGGUCAAGAGCAACACUCCCAACAAUGUCGCCUUCAAGGUCACCGGCAAGAGCAGCCACGAGAAGAACACGUCUGGCGCGGUCGAGGGAAAGUACACGGACAAGAUCAACGGCCUCACCGUCACCCAGUCGUGGAACACCCUGAACGCCCUCGAGACCAAGAUCGAGGCCGCCGAUAACGUCACCAAGGGCCUCAAGCUUGAGGGCGCCUUUUCCUUCCUGCCCGAGUCCCAGAAGCGCGGCGCCAAGUUCAACCUGUACUUCAAGCAGCCCAAGUUCCACUUCCGCACCUUCACCGACCUGCUCAAGGGCCCCACUGCCAACAUCGACGUCGUCCUCGGCCACGAGGGCUUCCUGGCUGGUGCCGCUGCUGGUUACGAUGUCCAGAAGGCCGGCAUCACCACCUUUGCCGCCGCCGUUGGCUUCCAACAGCCCACCUGGACUGCCGCUGUCACUGCCACCGACAAGUGCAGCGUCUUCGCCGCCUCGUACUACCACAAGGUGAACCCUCUGGUCGAGGCCGGUGCCAAGGCCUCUUGGGAUUCCAAGUCUCCUGCCAACACUGUCGGUCUGGAGGUCGCUACCAAGUACCGCAUCGACCCUGUCUCCUUCGCCAAGGGCAAGAUCAACGACCGCGGUAUCGCCGCCGUCUCCUACAAUGUUCUCCUCCGCUCCGGUGUCACCCUCGGCGUCGGUACCUCUUUUGAUACCCAGAAGCUGGACCAGGCUACCCACAAGGUUGGCGCCAGCCUCACCUUCGAGGGCUAAACGGUCCAUUUACUUAGCAGGCAACUGCUGGUCAUCCCGCGCAUCCUGAUUUGGAUUUUCCUCCACGGGAACAUUUGGAUGGGAUCGCAACUCCUUCUGUCUUGAACCACGUGCCCUGUAUCAACUCGAUUUCGCAGCUUAGAAUGGUUUAGCAUCUGGGGGAAAAUACAAUAGGAACUGGGAGGUGAACUAGAUGAGAGCGCGCCCCGGAGGUCAAUUGAUCU